AUGCUCAGUAACGACAAGCGCAAAUGGAGACACAGCGGCCAUACCAGAGCAGCUGAAACCUGCAGCUCGACUGUGGCGACUAUUAUGCGCUGGCCGCGUCUAAACUGGACUGAACCAAGGCCUGGUAUCCGUAAAUGGUUUGCGAUUGCGGCUGCGUCGUAUGCCGCAAGGUCAAGGCCAAGUUGCUGCCGAAGCGAGACGGCGGCCCUGCCAGAGGUGCAGGAGCAAUUCCGCAACGGCGUCUUUGGUGGCGCUGAAAGGUACUGUGGUGAGGCAACCAGCCCGCAAACGAGCAUGCAAAACCUGCAAAACCUGCACUCCGCCACACGCCUCAUCCGGACCCCAUGCCAUCACUGGGUCGUGAGGCUGGUGACGUGGCACUCGAGUCCGGCGAAGCGGGUCUCGGGUGGCUCAGUGCCAACGGAGCGCGACUUUCGGUUGCAAUUUAUGAGUCUGUGCCACUCACAGAUACCCUUGCACCCGUUUGCUUCUGUGGCUUGCUCCCGGUCUUGGGGAAUCGCAGAUCUCUGGGUUUUGCACGGUCGCGAGUCUACAUCCAUCGCCAUGUCACCGGUACUUGCGGCGGUGAAGCCAGGAUCGUCUCGCUGA